CUCUCUCUCUCUCUCUCUCUCUCUCUCUCUCUCUCUCUCUCUCUCUCACACACACACGCUCUCUCUUUCUCUCUCUCUCUAACACAUACGCACCACACACUCCCAAACACAGCCAGCCAAUAGAACUGCGUAGGUUCCCCAGUUAGAGAGAGUAACGAUCUCCAGGCUCGCACGGACAGAAUGCUGAUGUAGUAAGUUACAGACACAGGAAACAGCACACAGAGCACGUACAAACGCACACGCACACACAAGAGCAGACUCACAACACACUUGUUCCGAAAACAUGGGGAUCGUGGUAGGAACGUUUUCGAUGCAAACCAAGCAGGUGAACUAUCGGAAAGACAAGGUAGACGAUGACCUGGAGAUGACCAUGGUGUGCCAUCGUCCAGAGGGGCUGGACAAGCUGGAGGCUCAGACUAACUUCAGCAAGAGGGAGCUGCAGGUGCUCUAUCGGGGCUUCAAAAAUGAGUGUCCUAGUGGCGUGGUGAAUGAGGAUACCUUCAAACAAAUAUACUCCCAGUUCUUUCCACAUGGAGAUGCUAGCACCUACGCUCACUAUCUCUUCAACGCCUUUGACUCGGCUCACAGUGGAUCAAUCAAGUUCGAGGACUUUGUCACGGCUCUGUCCAUCCUGCUGAGAGGGUCUGUGAGGGAGAAGCUGCAAUGGACCUUUAAUCUGUACGACAUCAACAAAGAUGGCUACAUCAAUAAGGAGGAAAUGACAGACAUUGUCAGAGCGAUCUACGACAUGAUGGGGAAGUACACCUACCCUGCUCUGAAGACGGACGCUCCUAAACUUCAUGUGGAAGCCUUCUUCCAGAAAAUGGACAAAAACAGAGAUGGGGUGGUCACUCUUGAUGAGUUCAUUCUGUCCUGCCAGGAGGAUGAGAACAUCAUGAAGUCCCUUCAGCUCUUUGAGAACGUCAUCUAGACCAUGGGGAGGAAGAGAAAAACAGACAAUCGGAGCGAGAGGAAGAGA